ACAGCCACGACCAUGGCCCCGAUCAGCAAGAAGCGCCGUGCGGCCGACGAGGACGAUUUCGUGUUUACACUGUCGGACGACGACAACGAUACCCUUGAAAAGCUCCAGGCGGAGGAAGAGAAUGAUGUGUUGGGGGGGACGAAAAAGCGCAAGAGAGAGGAGGGUGCGGAGACGGUGAAGGCGGGGAAGAAUAAUGGGAACAAGAAGGCGAAGAAACAGGAGCAAAAACAGAAGCAGCAGGUGAAGGGGAAGAAGGGGAAGAAGGGCGUGCAGGUGGAGGAGGUGUCUGAGCAGGAGGAUGCAGAUGCGGAUGAGGAGUAUGAGGAGGAUGAGGAGGAGGAUCUGGCCGAGGAUGACGGCGCAUUGAAUCUGGAUUUCGAGUUCGAUGUCGGUGGCGCCGGGAAUGAGGUGACGGAGUUUGAUGGGUGGGGGGAGACGGGCAAGGAGGAGGCUGGCGGGGAUAAGAAGGCUGUGGACAUCGACGAUAUUAUCGAGAGGAGACAGGCGAAGAAGGAGGCGGACGAGGCGAGGAAAUUGAAGAAGAAGCAGAAGAAGGCGGAGGAGAUGAGUGAGCAGGAGGAUGGCGAUGAGUCCGACGGUGGUAUGUCCGUGGACUUUGGAGACGAUGAGCUCCUGGCUGAGGAUGGGUUCGGCAUGGGCGUUGAUGGCGACGCGGUGGAGAGUGAGAAGUCUGAUGCGGAGGAGGGCUCGGAUGAGGAGGCGGCUGAGGGCAGUGAUGCUGAAGGGUCGGAUGAGGAUGAGGACGACGACGACGACGACGCGGCUUCAGAUAACGACUCGGUUGCGACACCUGUCGGCCACCCUGACGAUGAGGUGGCCUCCGAACCAGAGUCCGACGCGGAGAGCGAGAUCGACGCCGAAGAAGCAGAGAAGCGCAAGGCUUUCUUCGCGCCUGAAGAGAAGACCCCCGAGACAUCUGCCGGCCCCAAGCGGUCCUUCCAGGAAUUCAACCUCUCUCGACCCAUCCUCCGUGGUCUCGCCGGAGUCAACUUCUCGAACCCGACGCCCAUCCAACAGAAGACCAUCCCCGUGGCUCUCCUCGGCAAGGACAUCGUCGGUAGUGCCGUCACCGGUUCCGGAAAGACGGCGGCCUUCGUUGUGCCCAUCCUCGAACGUCUGCUCUUCCGGCCGCGCAAGGUCCCGACCAGUCGCGUGGCCAUCCUCAUGCCGACCCGUGAGUUGGCGGUGCAGUGCUACAAUGUCGCGACGAAGCUGGCGACGUACACGGACGUGACGUUCUGCCAGCUGGUGGGUGGUUUCAGUCUGCGCGAGCAGGAGAACAUCCUGAAGAAGCGCCCGGAUGUGAUCAUCGCCACGCCCGGUCGUUUCAUCGACCACAUGCGCAACUCGGCCAGCUUCACGGUGGACACGCUGGAGAUUCUGGUUCUGGACGAGGCCGAUCGCAUGCUGGAGGACGGGUUCGCGGACGAGCUGAACGAGAUUCUCACCACCAUCCCCAAGUCGCGCCAGACGAUGCUCUUCUCCGCGACGAUGACCGAGACGGUCGACAAGCUGAUCCGCGUCGGUCUCAACCGCCCCGUGCGGCUGAUGGUGGACGCGAAGAAGAACACCGCCGUGACCCUGGUGCAGGAAUUCGUGCGUCUCCGCCCCGGACGCGAGGACAAGCGUCUGGGCUACCUUCUCUACCUCUGCAAGCAGGUCUACACGGGCCGAGUGAUUGUGUUCUUCCGACAGAAGCGCGAGGCCCAUCGGGUGCGCAUUGUGUUCGGGCUACUCGGAUUGAAGGCCGCCGAGCUGCACGGUAGCUUGAGUCAAGAACAGCGUAUCAAAAGUGUGGAGAACUUCCGAGAGGGCAAGGCGGCGUUCCUACUGGCUACGGAUCUGGCGUCUCGUGGUCUGGACAUCAAGGGCGUCGAGACAGUCAUCAACUACGAGGCGCCGCAGAGCCACGAGAUCUACCUGCAUCGUGUCGGCCGUACGGCGCGUGCUGGACGGUCGGGUCGGGCGUGCACCAUCGCGGCGGAGCCCGACCGCAAGGUGGUCAAGGCCGCGGUGAAGGCAGGACGGGCGCAGGGGGCCAAGAUUGCCAGCCGGGUGGUGGACACGGACGUGGCGGACUCGUGGGCGGCCAAGGCGGAGGCGCUGGCGGACGAGAUCGAGGAGGUGCUGGAGGAGGAGAAGAUGGAGAAGCAGUUCUCGCAGGCGGAGAUGCAGGUGGCCAAGGGCGAGAACCUGAUGCGGCACGAGGCGGAGAUCAAGUCGCGGCCGAAGCGGACGUGGUUCGAGUCGGAGCGCGACAAGCAGGCGGCGCGGAAGCUGGGCGCCACCGAGCUGAACGGGCCCGAUGCUGGCAAGUCCAAGAAGGAGAGGGUCAAGCUCAGCAACAAGGACAAGAAGCGCCUGGACGACAUGCGCCAGCGGAAGGAGGAGGGCGGCGGCUGGAAGAAGGGCAAGACCGAGCGCGAGGUCCAGAAGAACGGCCGCAUGCCCAAGGCCAACACCAAGAAGAAGGGCAAGAAAUAAGGGUGAGGGUGAGGUUGCUGUGAAUAAUAGAAUUGCAUUAGCCGAUGUGAACCGUGAACCGUGAACUGUGAACCGUGACACCGUGAGUCAUUACUGUAUCUAUUCCCAUGUACCAUGCCA